AUGGCCGCCGGGCAGCCGCAGGAUGCUCUGUGACGGUGCUCCUGUCCGAAACGACGUCGACACGAUUUACCGGCGCGCUGCACACCUUGACACGCACAUCCGCUCAGACACUGCCGUCGUGAUCGAUUCGACGCUUGCAGCGACACGGCACGGCUGCCGACUCGGAACGCGCGUGCAACAAGUGAUAUCGUGUCGAAAACUGGACGAAUAAAUGACGGACUGAUAUUGUUUUCAAGCAGUGAUGUAAUUGUGGGUCACAUAUAAAUAUAGAACGUGCCCUUUCAGUGAGUGGCGGCGCGGGUGAGCCAAGCAGUGAGUGACGUCGGCCGCUCACGUUCCCCGCGCCGCGCAACGUCAACAUUGCCGGUCGCGUCACGCCGUCCGCGAUGCACAUAAUAAUAUCUACACGCACGAUCGCUUCUACUCCAAGAGACAGUUCGUAACGUGAACUUCGACCACGAAUUGAUGUGUUAUUAUAAUAAGACGAUCUGUCAAGAGGUCGGCAAUGUGACAAUAAUCGCAAACAAUGUUUAGCUUGCCCUGCCGCGAAAUCGUUAAAGUGGUGUAUGUUUUACACAUUAAUGAUGUGAACGUGUGGUUGUCAAGCUAAUAACUAUCAAUAAUGACGAUAACACAAGUGCAUAGUAUAGAGCGCGUGUCGGCGGCUCGGCGGCGAGCCCAGUGUAGUACGAGCCGCGCGGGCGUGUGAAGCGCGCACCAGCACCGGCACCGCGCGCCGCUGCACGUGCUACCCAUGUGCCAUGCUGUUGUCAUCCAUGGAAUACAUUAUUAGUGAUUGACUAGUUGAAGUGACUGUGCUAAGAGAUGUUAGUGUGAACUGGGACCGAUGUUUUGGUUUCCGCGAUUGUGUGGUUGGGGAGCGGGCCGGGGUCGCGGGCGGCGCGUGGCUCGCUAGGGCGCCGCCGACGAUGUUGACAUUCGUGUUCGCGGUGUGGUCGGCGGCACGCGCGCUGGGCUGGGCGUGCGAGGCGGCGUCGUCGCCCGAGGCGGACGAGGCGCCCGUGCUGCCGCGGCUGCGCUCGGCGCGCGCCUCCAGCGACCUCUCCACGCUCAGCACCACCACCACCAGCUCCAGCCAGACCAGCUCUGGCGACCAUGUCAAGAGGUGGAGCGAGGCGCCGCGGCGCUGGAGCGCGAGGGGCGCGUCCCGCCGGCCGCUGCGGAGGCCGCCAGUGUCCGCACGGAGACGCACCACUGGCAGCUUCGAUGUGGAAAACGGGGGUGGUGCGGGAGGCGCGGGGGGCGCGCGCUCCCCCCUCGAGGGGGGCUCGCCGUCCACCGCGCUCGUCCUGCAGGCCAUGCCGCAGCGCCGCGAGUCCUUCCUCUACCGCUCAGACUCCGACUUCGAAAUGUCGCCCAAAUCUAUGUCGAGGAACAGCUCGAUUGCCAGCGAAAGAUUCAAGGAGGCCGAGGCGGCACAACUGGACAGAGCCCACGGAGAAGACUUGAUCGUGACGCCCUUCGCGCAGGUCCUAGCGAGCCUGCGCAGUGUUCGCAACAACUUCUUAUGCCUCACCAACGUGCCGGUCGCCAAAUCACGAAGGUCGUCGGGCGCAGCAUCUGCCGUUACACCACAACCCAAGAAUUUAAACCCAGGAGAUUCGGGGAAAAAUAUAGACGAAGCCUACAUGAAGCUAGCCUUAGAAACCGUUGAGGAGCUGGACUGGUGCCUGGACCAGCUCGAGACCAUACAAACACACCGCUCCGUGUCCGAUAUGGCUUCACUCAAGUUCAAGCGCAUGCUGAACAAGGAGCUGAGCCACUUCUCCGAGUCCAGCAAGUCCGGCAACCAGAUCUCAGAGUACAUCUGCUCCACAUUUUUGGACAAACAACAAGAUAUCGACCUACCAUCUCUACAAGUGGACGAGGGUGCUGAAGCGCGUGCCAAGAAGAAGGACAAACCGCGUCAUGCCGGCCCUGCGACCACCAUGUCACAAAUCUCUGGCGUUAAGCGGACACUGACGCAUACCAACAGCUUCACUGGAGAACGCGUGCCAAGAUACGGAGUCGACACUCCCCAUGAAGAAGAUUUAGGCCGUCAACUGGGUGAAAUUGAUCGGUGGGGUGUGGACAUCUUCCGCAUUGGAGACUUAUCGUGCGGGCGACCUCUGACUGCCGUAGCUUACGCCGCGUUCACGUCCAGGGAGCUUCUGGGAACCCUGCAGAUCCCAGCGCGCACGUUCCUUGCCUUUGCCAUCACCCUGGAGGAACACUACGUGCGCGACAACCCAUUCCACAACUCCCUGCACGCGGCUGAUGUGGCGCAGUCGACGCACGUGCUGCUCAACACGCCGGCGCUGGACGCAGUGUUCACCCCCAUAGAAACGUGCGCCGCUCUCUUCGCGGCGUGCGUCCACGACGUCGACCACCCUGGCCUCACCAACCAGUUCCUCGUCAAUUCGAGCUCGGAACUUGCUCUCAUGUACAACGAUGAGUCAGUUCUAGAGAACCAUCAUCUUGCCGUAGCGUUCAAGCUUCUCCAAAAUGAGGGAUGUGACAUAUUCAUCAAUCUUCACAAGAAGCAGAGGCAAACGUUGCGAAAGAUGGUCAUAGACAUGGUGCUUUCAACAGACAUGUCUAAACACAUGAGUCUAUUAGCAGACCUCAAAACUAUGGUCGAAACAAAGAAGGUAGCUGGAAGUGGCGUGCUAUUACUAGACAAUUAUACAGACAGAAUACAAGUGUUGGAGAAUCUCGUACAUUGUGCUGAUCUGAGUAAUCCCACUAAACCGCUGCCGCUAUAUAAACGAUGGGUAGCUUUACUUAUGGAAGAAUUUUUCCAACAAGGAGACCGUGAGAGAGAACAAGGAAUGGAUAUCAGUCCAAUGUGUGAUAGGCAUAAUGCGACGAUAGAAAAAUCUCAAGUCGGAUUCAUCGACUACAUUGUACACCCUCUAUGGGAAACAUGGGCAGAUUUAGUACAUCCAGACGCUCAAGACAUUCUGGACACUCUAGAAGAGAACCGUGACUACUAUCAAAGUAUGAUACCCCCGUCACCGCCGCCAGCACCCAUACAGACGCAUUCACUGCCUGAUGAUGAUCGCCCCGAACAAAUACGCUUUCAAGUAACGUUAGAGGAGGGUGAAGGUUCAGAGGAGUGCGAAGGGGAGGGUGAUGGCGGGAUGUGACGGAAACUACUGGGAAUCUGCAAGAAACUCACUGAGAAGAUGCAAGUGUGGUGGAAGCUCUGGCAGUAGCGCGGCGCCGGCCGGCCCGGGGCGGGGCUUGUUGAUAUAGUAAUACUUGUUGACGCUUACCCUCCAAAUGGAACGAUCCCGAUGCAUCGUCACAUUUCGAUCAUGAUUAUUUUUAUGUGAUUAUUACGCAAUGUUGUUUAGAAAAUACCUAACGACUAAAUAAUUAUGUCCCUCCAAUGACUGUAACGUUCGAUUGUCUAGUAUUUUUACUAUUGUUUCGUUUUGUCUAACCAAAGAUAUAUGAAAUGUUCUUUCGUUCACGGAGACGUUCGAUAAUCCCUGUAAGUAGUUAGUAUUCGGUUCUUAAUGAGUCGUGUAAGUAGUUAUAGUCGUCGAUGCCGCAUAAUAUAUAUCGGCUCGACUAAUUAAGGACAUUGAAAACGCUUAUUAAUUGGUAUGAAAGGGUAAUUUAUAUUGUCAUAUCAUCCACGUUUCUCAUAUUUAAUACGGGUUUGCGAUAAUGAUGUUAUUCACCAAAAUAUAUUAACAUGAUAGAUAUCCUAAAUAUAAAAUCUAUUUUAAGGUAAAUUUUAAAAAUUGCCUUUCGGAGUUGUUGUUGUGUCUUUUCUGAAUAUAUAAUAUUCGGCCAGCCUGUUCUCACACUCCGACAGCUCCCGGCCGGACUCUGUCCACUCGGAACAUCAUGUCAGCCCCUGAGGAACACAUGUCGAUAUUCAUAAUGCGGAAGGUCGAAUUCAUUACUUAAGAUCUCUCUUCGUAUUUGGUCGGGGGUCAAAAAAGACACUUUACCAAAUUCAUCCUAUUAGAAAGCUUUACUUGAUUUUUGUGAACCUAACUGCACCUCAUUACUUAUGGAGGAUCGCUGGCGAUCCGUUUACUUUUCUCUUUAGAGUAAUGUAUUAUUAUUUUUGUAAUGUUACGUAUAUUAUUCUAGUUCUCUUUUACCAAAAUACAAAACAAAAAAAAUUGUCAUGAAUCUUAAACUUUUCGUGUACGCAACUAACGGCUUGAAGUGUUUGAUUAAAUUGUUAAGUACUAACAAAUGAGUGGUUUGCGACUAAGUUUUAUUUUUAGUGAAUUCAAAUGUCUAUUUGCUGAGUAAGUCCAAACUGUUCGGCGCGCGGGCCGGGUCUUGCAAUAGUAGUAGGUAGUUCGGAAACACUUCGCACAACUGUUUCUACUUCAUCCAUUUCAUGCCAAAUAUGCUCCUUUCAUUAACUGUAUCAUAUCAAACAAUAUCAGAAUCGCUGUGCAGAUCUGAUUUCACCUAUGUGUAACAAUAUUUGUGUACCUACAUAGAUUUUUCUCGUAAGGAAAAGAUCGUAAUAACUGAUACUUUUUAUAUAUAUAAAACACCACUGUGUAAAAGAUGUAAUAUAAAUAAGUAGAUGUCUGAAAAUUGUACAUUGGAUGGGAAAUCUAGAUUUUAUCCAGUUUCAUGUUCGUCGCUUGCGACCUUUUCAUGUUUGUGACAAUGUUAUAUCAAUUAGCAUGCACAUAGCCACUUGAGCAUUCAGCUAUACAUACAUACUCGUCUAUAAACUUCGUGUAGGUACAUUUACAAUACUAUAAGGAGGGUGUAAUACUUAAUGAACCUGUAUUAUUUUUGCAUUUCAUCAUCCAUCUUUUUAUUUUUAAUGGACGAUUCUAAGAGCUGGUCUCUAUUCCUUCAUGUACUCAAAAGAUAUUUUGUUUUAAACUGAUUAAAUGAUUUUAGUUCCUCGCACUUCACCUUGUUUUGUAUUGUUUGAUGAUCAUCAUGAAGAUGUCCCCUAGUAUUAUUAUGAAAGUAUUGUCUAAGUCAUCGUUUCCCUCAUCCAUCAGCAUCAAGAAGGAAGGUCCAAUGUACAUUAUUUUCGUAGAUAAAUUAAGAUUUUGUCGGCGAGCAAAUACUACGAGCAUGUGUGCAUCGCCUAUCUUCAAAGUGUCUGAUUUUAAACUGCAUAGUUUAGAUAUUUGGUACCUACGUCAACGUAUAUAUACAUACAUACCUACUACAUUAAAAAAAAUUGGAUACGCUUAACUACUUGUGUGUUAUAAAAUAGAAACGUUACGCUUAGAAUCAUUAAUUUUCUAAUUAAAAACAUACGUAGGUAUUUGUAACUAAUUGUGUUGAAUAUGAUAUUCGUACUGCAGUAGAUCUGUGUAUUACGUACGUACCCAAUCUUUGGUAAUUCACAUAAUGUGAACAUUUGCAUGUACCUACCUUGUACCUUUGCCGAAUUGUCAUAACCAUUUUACAAUAACUGUACAAUAAACAUGAUAAAUGAUCAGAAUGUAUAGGUAUCUAGAUAAUGUAGGUACUCGUUGUCAUAUGUCUUAUUUCAGUGGAUUUGCCUACGUAAUGCAAUAAAAUGGUAUAUAAUGUAAUCAAAGUGGCAUGUCUAAUGUGCUAAGCAACAGUUGUGCGCCGUCCUGCGUGACUCGUGAUGCUUCUACCAAAGACCGUUUGAUAGUAAUGAGCAGCAAGUGUUGGCUUAGCGCAUCGGACAUGCCAGCGUUCAAUAGUCAUGUAGGAUACUUGUUUUCACCAAAGGUUUUCAGUGUUGUGUAUAUGUUUUGUCAUUAUGGAGAACUAUCGCUAAGAUUGGAUAAUACCUAGUUAAAUAUUAAUACCGAGUUAAAAGUGUGCAAUGCUGGUCAUUUGCAUUACUUAUUAUUUAUGUUUAAAAUAAAAAAAAUAGCUUGUAAUAGUUUAAAUGAAUAUUUGAGUUGAAUUAAAGAAUAUUAAUGUAUUUAGAAUAAAAAGAUAUGGGAGAAAACUC